AUGCGUGCUGAAGUUAUUAUCAGUAGUUGCACUGUUGAUUUUGGCUCCAGCUAUGGACGCUGCACCAAUAACCUCAGAGGUUUCAGACCUUCAGCAGACAUCAGUAAAAGGUGACCAAAAAACAGAUCCUUGGAAGAGUGGCCCAGACAUUCAUGAUACGACUAGGUAUUUUGAUGGACAGGAAAUGACAACACCUGUAAGACCUUCAGGUAGCUUAGACAAAGCCAUAAGCAGUCCACAUUAUCUGGACAAAUUAUUGGCAGCAGCAGACACUCAAAGCCAAACACUGAUGGUCCCUUCACGUCCAGUUGAUUCUGAUGGACUAGAAAACAUAAUAUCAGCAGUCAAGAGGCUGGAUGUUCAGCUGAAGCAAGACUCUAUGAUGGAUGACCCUGAUAGAGAGGAGCAUGCACCAAUGGAAGAGAGCAGUGUUCACAAACCAGUCAAGCAAAUUCUGGUGGCUGUUAAUUCAAAUAAACAACGCAAAACUUUGUUAGAGACCAAAGGCGCAAAAGUCAACAGCACACCAGACAGACGAGAGAAGAUUCUGCAUAUGCUGAGUGCUCUUGAGAAGCUUCAUAGAUCACUGAACAGGACACUGAACAGCCGUGUCACCAUCAUAACAAGAGGUAAUAGCAACAGUCGCAGCCCAGGAAAAAAGAACAAAAUGAUCACUGAUGGGAACAUGAAAUCAACUACAGCAUCAAAUGUGAUCAGUAAAGGUGCUUCACCAAGGUCCAGCACUGACCAAAUGGAUCCCAAACUUCUGAGCGGAAAGGCAUUUAAAAAGUCUUUGCCAUCAACUCCCAAGAAAACUAACAAGAGAGUUUGCUUCUGGAAAUACUGCUCUCAGAAUUAAAAACUUCUCACAAUUCAAGAUCACAUCCUAUCAUGACCUCAUGCUCAUCAGCAAGCAAACCUGUGACCACGUCUAAUUGAUACUUCAACAACAUACUUAACAUGACUAACCUCAGUGACCUCACAUGACGUGUGUAGCCCCACUACACGAAAGCCUGUUAACCCCAGCUCCUAC